UUUAAAUUGGGGAAUGGACAAGAGUUGGGGCCAUCGUGAGAGGAAUGGACGACAACGACGAUGGUGCCUCCUCCUCGACAGGCUCCGUGACUGACAUCUUCGAGUCGUCGCUCGAGUCACUCUUUGGCUACCACACCACGGCCCAUGGUGAGCCUGGCCAGCUGACAUCGUACCGCCCGCCUCGAGGUCCUGAAGGUCGAGGGGCCAGUGCACCAGCGAUUCGGUACAGGAUCCCACCGAACGAGACAAACGGCCUCUUUGCACACUACCAGUGGGAUGCUGGCGUCCUUCUUGCCGACUCCAUCGUCAUCAGCUCUCGCUCCGAGCAUAGUGAGGGCGACAGCGACGGCGGCGACGACAGGGCAGGUCUCAGAGUGGAGGCGGCCGACGUUCGUGGCAAGCGGGUCCUAGAGCUCGGCGCCGGCACGGGCUUGCCGUCGGUCGUAGCAACCGUGUUCGGGCAUGCGUCGAGUGUCGUCGUGACCGACUACCCCGCCCCAGGCCUUUUGGACACGCUCCGAUUCAACGUGAGCAGGAACGCACCGUCGCAGGCCGGCGGCAUCAUCACCGUGCAGGGACUCGACUGGACCUCUGUGCAGGACCGCCUGGCCGUCGUGCAGGGCCACCAGACGUUUGAGCGAGUCUUCUCCGCAGACGGCCUGUGGAUGGGCCAGCUGCACGAACCCCUCGUUGCGACAAUAUCGACGUGCCUCUCCAGGUCUGAAUCUGCCCGUGCCAUCAUCGUAGCUGGCUUCCACACCGGUCGACCGGCAAUUGCGAGGUUCAUGGUCAUUGCCGCUUCCCAUGGGCUCGUGCCCGAUGGCGAUGACGCCAAAUACGGUGGAGCGUUUGAACGUUGCGUCGAUGGCCAGACUCGCAGGUGGUCGAAGUCGCUCGAAGAGCAAAACGACGACCACGUCGAACGCACCAGAUGGACCUUCUAUACUACGCUCCGAUGGAAGAGCACCCUCUUACAAUCGCAAUCACCGUGAUCAAGCCACAGUUGGGCCCCGCUGUACGAUAGCAAAAAAUAGAAUGGAACCCUCUGAAAUAUUUCAGC